AUGCUGGAAGGGCUCGCUGCUGUGACGGCCCACGGUGGUCCGCUGAGCGACUUUGUUGCGCUGUCCAAUCACGAAAAAAUGCUUCUCGUGCCGGUCGCCCAGGACGACCCCUUGACCUUGCUGCGAGACUCGCCUUACCGUGGCAUUGCCGACUGGGUGAUAGAGCAAGACCUGCGAUUUGCCGAGGCGAGUUACUCGGGCUACCUGACCUUGGAUAGGUUGCUGUCACAUGUCUUGGUGACCAAUCCUAAGAGUCCACCGGCCAAGAACCUCCCAGACCGCCCGAGUGUAUUGGACCAGGGGGAGAACUUCCCAGACAGCCCGAGUGUAUUGGACCAGAGGGCGGAGCCCUCCUCCGCGACUGAUCCUGGUACAUCGGCGCCUGAGACUACAGCAGCAAAGAGGGAGAGCUCUGUGAAGCGGGAGGGUUUGCAUCAGAGCGUGGCUCCUGGGCUGCCUCGUGGUGUGAAGUUGGAGCAGCCGGGUGAGAAGCUGGCUCCUGUACCGGUGCCUCCUUUGCCUGAUCCUGGUGCGUCGAUGCGUGAGACUACACCAGCCGUGAGGCCGGCUGGUGUGAAGCGUGAGGCUCCGGAUCAGAACGUAGCUCCUGUGCUGGUUUACGAUGACGACGAUGGCGACGACAAGCCCAAACCCGGUGUGAAGCUGAACAGAAAGGAAAGAAGAGCAAAGAAUGCGCUGCUUGCUGAGGGCAAGAGACGAGCAGCACGUUUCGGCAUCAGCUACCACAAUGGAUUUGGCCCGUGCCACAAAUUCGUUGUCCCUGAGAACCAUUGGCAAGAGUUUCUAGAGGCGCUUGCCACCGACAAUCCCAUCAUCGACGGCUGCGUGCCCUGCCAGAAACUUCUGUCCAAGGUGUUCAAGCUGCAGCAGGAUGCCAUCGCCCAGGUGGAGCAGGCAGCAGCAUCAUCCGAGGUGCCGCAUGAUGAGGAGCCGCCUGAUGCUUUGGCCGUGGUGGAGCCCGCAGUGCGAUUGUCUGCCACUGAGCAGGCAUUUCAGGAUCGACUGCAGCAGCUGAAGCUUGAAGAGGGGCUGGUCGGUGCUAAGAAAGGCCGUCGACCGAAAGGCCAGCCGCGGGCACUUCACGAGAGCUUGUUCGAGUGGCUACGCACCAGACGUCCAGAUCAGUACGUGAACAAGAAAACAGAUAAGCUACAUCUGUUGUGCCGCACCUGCGGCGAGACCUUCGCCGCUGUCAGAGACACUACCAUCCUGUUUGUGUUACAGCAUGAGAGUCGACAAACUCAUGUGGACGCAGCCCAGGAAGGGCGGCUGAGGCCCUGCCGCGGGGUGGAAAUCACUUCCGGGGCUCCUUUGUGUCGUGCAUCUGAGAUCAAAGAUGCCUUCAUCAUCUGGGCUACCUUUGACUGCCCUUGGUUCCACACGAACUUCAAGUGCCAGGCUUCGCUGCAGGACGACGGCAGGCUCAUGAUACAGUCGAGCAAGUGCUUCGAGGAUGAGAGGCUCAGGAUGUGCAGCCCAGCUCGGCCUUACUGCAAGUCCUGCCUAGGCCUCUGCUCGACAGAGGAGUUCUGCUUGAAAGUCAGCACAUGGUGCUUCAGGAUAGUGCUCUGCAAGAUGGCUCAGGCAACAUUCCUGAACAACCAGUCGCUCCGCACGGAAGCGCUCAAUAUGCUGGACAGCUGCCAGAAGUACUGCCCCCUGGAUGCCGCCUUCCUCGAGGAGCAAAGCUAUACGUGGCUCUACGACAAGCUGCAGGACAUGCUCGCCUCCAUCCCCACGGUCUUGCAGAAUGCGGCCUGCAAGAAGUUCAUCGCCACCCAGUUUGCCUGGCUUCCCCGAAAGCUAGAAGCUGACAAGCCUACGGACGGGAACAAGCAGAAGCUGCUGAGUCAUGUGGAUCUUCUGUUACAAGCCAGAAAGGCAGCAUCCAGCUUGGAUCAAAGCCUGUGCCAGCAGAUCCUCUCCGGUGCCUUGGAUGGCAACGACCUCGCCAGGACCAUGAUCACCGGCAUCCUCAACAAGGCUCAAAGGCUCCGCAGCGGCUACAAGAGGGUGCAUGCCUCUGAGUUGCCAGGGGCAGAUGAAACACGUGUGGCUGAGCUGGGUAGUGCUCUCAGCAGCUGCACUGGCCAGGAAUCCUUGCUUCGACUGUUUGGUUUCGCAGCACCCAAAAAGCCAGCUGUGAGUAUCUGGCGAGACGACCUGCCCAUGUUCUUCGCCCCCAACCGUGAGGAGCUGCGCCGCAAUGCCGAGAUUGUGCUGGCAAAGUGGGACACCCAGCAUCGGGACUUCAUGGUCACCUUCGACGAUACGUGCUAUUGGCCCCAGUGGAGUCUGCAGAUGUUUCCAGAGGGCAUGGUUUACAUUGGAGGAGCCGGGGAGAAAAGCAAGCUGAGCUGCGAGCAGCACUCGCCUGGAGUGCUCCGGAAGGAGGACUUGAGUCAAACAUGUGUCAGCUACUUGUUGAAACGAGCUUCAACGAGGAAGCAACCAUACGACAUAUGUAUGAUUCCUAAGAGACUGAAGGAUGUGACGUGCAAGAGUGUCAUGAUGCAGACCGGCAUCGUCCUUCGGGCAGUCACUGAGGCGGCAAAUCUGCCGCCGAUCGCCAUCGCUUUCGACAAUCACAGCAGCCACGGCUCCAUGAACUCGUGGUUCCUCGGCCUCCAGCAUGUGGACGAGUACAGAGACCUGCCUUGGUUCUCGCAGUGCAAGAUACUCCAGCGGGCGAAGCACUUGCCGCUGUACCGCUUCCAGACGAUGUCCCUGAUGGGGCACCCGGUGUUCGCGCACAACGAUGCGCCGCACACGCAAAAGUGCCUGUGCCGGGGCUUGAGAGUGGCUUCGCGAACUCUGAGGGUGCAGCAUCUGGCAGUGCAUCCACAGAUCAUGCUCAAUCGCGGACUUCCAGUAGCAGCAUGGCGGGGCACGGACUCGCAAUCCGAUGCCCAGGCAGCAUGGAUGCUGAACCCGGUUUGCAUCGACUCAGCGGAAUGGGACUGUCACGGCCUCGUGCUGUUCCAGUAUCUGACUGGGUUGUUGUGCGGCAGCUGGAUGGCGAGCCAUCUGUAUGAAGACCCCACCGCUCUCUUCGAGGCAGCACUUGUCGGAUACUACAUGGUAUUGUUCGAGUUGUUUGAUUCGAACUGCAGUGAAAAGUGCUUCUUUCACAGCAUCACCGUGGGCAACGUCCUGGCCAUUGCUGGCCACCUCUGCGAGAGAGUUUUGCGAUGGCCACCAGGUCUUCCAUUCAGGCCAAGUGCCUCCAUGGAAGACAGCUGCGAGCACCACUUCUCGCGGACAAAGGCCGGAGUUUCGCAUUCUUUGCCCACGAUCCGGGCAGCGCUUCACUCCACGCAACGUCUCCAUCGCUCGCAGUCACUGAACAUGGCCCCCGCCAACCCCAAGAAGGUGCAGCAGUGGGGUGGCAUGGACGAGGAGACAGCCUACAAGUCUGCGACAAAGGCUUUUGAUGCAGUCUGCAUGCUCCGCUCCGUCUUGUCGAUCAACCGCACAGCCGCUGACGAGUCGGCGGCCUUGCGCAACUGGUGGCAGUGCGCUGGCCAACACAUCGUCCGCGAUCGGCUCAAGGCGACGAAUGAUGCAAAGCUCGAGGAGCUCGCCCAGGAGGAAGCUCAGUCGGAUGCAGAAGAUGUGCUCCUCGAUGCGGAGGACUUGCCUGAGAUGGACGAUCCGGGCCUUCACCUGGUGCAAACACUGAGCAGCUUGGAGAAGGAGCAGGAAGUACAGUGCAGCUUCGUCGCAGAUGCCGAGGCCGUGGACGCCGUGUCCGAGAAGCUCCCCCUCCCGCCGGCUGCUUCCUCAGUCGCUCCCGCCAGCUUCGUCGAGGAGAAUGUCGAGGAGAAGCCCGCGAGCAAGGUGAAGACGUUGUCCCAGAUGCUCCAGAGUGCAGGCUAUGACAAGUACAAGCCGAGCCCGCAUGACGACGAAACCGCAAUGCUGAGCCGCCUCACUAACCUCGUGCCAGCGAUGAUGGACUUCGUCACGCAGAUGCGUCUGGGCGAGGCUUUCCUUCGUCCUGGCCAGGUCACGCAACCCAAAAAGCCACUGAGCACCUGGAAUCGACUACAGAAGGAGCUGAGCGAAGCCCAGCGGUGCUACGGGCUCCAGGGUACUCGACAGGGCCGGGCAGCUAGCUGGUACGAUUUCGCCCGGCUCGUAGCAAACAGAGCCCAAGAAGCAGCUCGAGCCGUGGAGGGCUGCGCACCUGGAGUCAAGAUCAUGUCCGUGCCGGAGUUUUUCCGACCAUCCAAUGUCUUAAACGACCAGCUGCAGCGGCACUACCAGCUGCUGGUCGUGAAGCUCCAUGCCGUCGACAUGUGCCGCAUCGCCAUCGUGGCCAGAGUCUGGCGGGGGAGCCUGAGCAAGAAGGCCAAGAAGGUUCGGGCAGGCUGCAAGCCUCACGAGGAGGCUUUGGCAUCCACCGAGACACUGGCCAUGCAUGUGAUCCUCCCCGAGCCACUGGGACCCGACCAUCCGAACACGUUCAGGGCCAGCAGCUGCUCACAGACGGUUUCCCUCUGCCCUCACGAGGAGAAGCCUGACUUGCCUGUGGUUCUUUGCGAGAUCGUCGACGGCUGGUUCGCCUGCAAAGCUACCUCCACGGCCCUCCUCAUUGAGCUCAGCGAUGCAGCUGCUGCUGGCUGGAAGAGUCUGCGGGAGCCGGAGGCUUCAACUGUCCAGCAGGCCGACGGGGAGGGCUUCCACGAAGGAAGCUUUGCAAACAACGAUGCUGGCCACCUCAAGAUCAGGGGAUACAUGAAUUUGCUGAGAUCCAUGUACGGCCGAGUGACUGGCAGAUCCUUGUGCACCGCUGAUGGAAAGAUAAAGUCUGUUGAGGGCAUGCCGCCCUGGGAGUCCGUGGUGUCGCGAACUCCGAUCUACUUUCAGAUGGCUUUGAAGUCUGGCGCGAAGACGAAGCUGACGAACAGAGAGUUUUCCUGGAAGGUGGCAGCUCGCUUCAGGGCUGUGGCUCCCGUGACGGAGGCGAACUCGGAGUUCUUUCGCGAGUUUUUGCGCACUGUGCAUAAGACCGCAGCUGAGCUGCCACAGGGGUGA